AUGCAAUUCAAAUCAAUCAUUUUAUCUGUCGCUUUAGCGAUAGCUUGCGUAUCAGCACAAGAUAAUGGCGCUGGAUUCUUUUUUAAAUGCGACACUCCAGGAGACGUUGCUUUAACGUUCGAUGAUGGUCCAUCAGACUUCACACCUGAAUUAUUAACAACCUUAAAGACUGCACAAAUCCCAGCGACAUUUUUCGUUUUGGGUAAAAGCAUUAAUGAAGGACAAGGAAAAGCCGCACUCAAGGCCACUUUCGACGCAGGACAUCAAAUUGCUUUGCAUUCGAACACACACGCCGAUAUGAACACUUUAACCGCGAAAGCCAUUCAAAGUGAAUAUGAGCUCAAUAUUAAAGCUGUUGAAGAUACUAUCGGUGUAAGACCAAAGAUGGCAAGACCACCUUACGGUAAUUGUAACGAAAAUUGUGCAAAGGUUUUGACUGGCACGAUGGGUUUAUCAAUUAUUCAAUGGAAUUGCGAUUCAAAUGACUGGCAAUACGAAGCAAAAUGUAAAAAUGACCCCAAAGAUCAUUGA